GCAUUGCCUUUUAUGUGCACAUCUUCUUGCAUGCUUGUUGUUCGGCUUGCUAGGUCGGAGGCGCAGCGAGAGCCAUGGAAACCCUAUCUUCUCUGAACCACCGGAAAUUCAUUACCACUUCCGUCGAAUUCGAUCGCUCGCUCUUCACUCUCUCUGUAUCUUGCUCGCCAUGCCGGUUCUAACCACCAUCUCAUCUGUCGGCCCUCUCCUUCGGCUUCUCCCUGCUCCUUCUGCCCGCAGCAGGAGCCUCCGGUUUCGGCGUAGGUCCAGCUCCGACAGUGACCAGGAGUAUUUGGUGGAUGCACCGGAGUCGGUCGGUGAUGGGUUCUCCUUCAGCGGAGGGAAAUACUCGGACGGGCCGAAUCGAGCUGAUGAAUGGCUCGCUCUAGGGAAAACGGUAAAAGCUCAUCCUGUACAUGGAGGAAAGGGCAAAGCAAAGGAUCCAAUUUUUGGUCUUACACUGGGUGCUGGUUCACAGUCCUCAGCAGAUGUGUUCAGAUGGUUUUGUGUGGAAGCAGGAAGCUCCUUGAACUCUCCAAUUAUUUUAGUUCACGGCUUUCCAUCUCAGGCAUAUUCAUACCGGAAAGUUAUUACCAUGCUAUCAGAAAAUUAUCGUGCCAUUGCUUUCGACUGGCUUGGUUUUGGAUUUUCUGACAAGCCUCAGCCUAGAUAUGGAUUUGACUAUACUUUAGACGAAUAUGUGUUAGCUUUUGAAUCCCUAGUAAAUGUCCUUGUUCCAGGUAAAGUUUCUCUAGUUGUUCAGGGCUACUUUUGUCCUGUGGUUCUUAAAUAUGCUAGCUGUCACCAAGAAAAAUUAUCAGAGCUUAUACUCGUAAAUCCCCCUCUGAUGGAGAAGCAUGCAAAGCUGCCUUCAUCUUUGGCACUAUUCAGCAACUUUUUAUUGGGUGAAAUUUUCUCCCAGGAUCCUCUCAGAGCUAGUGAUAAAGCAUUGACGAGUUGUGGACCAUACAUGAUGAAAGAAGAAGAUGCUAUGGUUUACAGAAGGCCAUACCUCACUUCUGGUUCUUCUGGUUUUGCUUUAAAUGCAAUAAGCAAAGCAAUGAAAAGGGACUUGAAGGAUUAUGUCAAAGCCAUGAGGACCACACUAAGUAGUGAGACAUGGAAAAUUAGCACAACUAUCUGUUGGGGAAUGAGAGAUCGCUGGCUAAGUUACGAUGGCGUGGAAGAAUUCUGCAAGGCUUCAAAUCACAAGCUUGUGCAGCUUCCUAUGGCAGGACAUCAUGUGCAGGAAGACACGGGCGGGGAACUUGGUAGGAUCAUUUCACAAAUUCUCAGCAAGAACAAAUAAUUUGAUACAUUCAUUGUGAUACAUGACCAUUUUAUUUGAUUUCGCUGAUGGGUGAUUCCAUGUUUCUUAGAUCACACAAUGACUUGUACAAAGCUGAACUGUGAAACAUAGUAAUGUGGUAUCGAGUGCCAGUGGAUUAUUGGAA